GUUGAUUAAGUCGCAACUCUGGUAAACAACGCACGUGCGCUUGCAAACAAAAACAUGACUGAUAAUUUAAAUAAAUACCUUGCAGAAGCCGCCUCCACUGACCUGCCUAGCUCAGAGGAUGAGGCUGAUCUUGAAGAUGAGGACACCUGUGGAGCUCAUGAAUUGGCCGCCGAAUUUAGCUUUCAUUAUCCACAAGACGAAUCGUCGAUAUCGCUAAAACGUGACUACGUCUUGGGUUUAUGUGCUGACAGUGGAUUUACACGGAUUGCUGCUGGCCUAUCCAACACCACAGUUAAGAUCUACGACCUCAGCGCGGCAGGCUCUCUAACUGCAAUUCAUGAGGAGCGAGUUCCCUCUGUGGUGAGCUUACACAAUGAUGUGACAAUCUGUGGAGUCCGAUUUUUGGAUGAUGGCUCCGACUCAUUGUUGGUUGGCACCACAAAUGGCCUGGUGCGUCUUAUUGAUUUACGUGCAAACGGCGUACAGGCGACAUUUGAGUACAAGACAGCAGAGCAAUCGUCUCCGCCUGUGCCAAAGUCAAUAACAUGCUUCGAUCGUAAUGCCAAUAGUCGCGUUAUCUGCAGCGGCACAGAGCAGUAUAUGAGCAAUGUGUAUUUGCUCUUCUUUGAUGUCCGUGAGCGUAAACAGCUUGGCGUCUACUACGAGACUCACGAAGAUGAUGUGACCUCCGUGCGCUUUCAUGCAAGCAAUCCAGAUCUCUUGUGCUCAGGAGGAACAGAUGGUCUGAUAAAUGUGUUUGAUAUUAAACAGAGCGACGAAGAUGAGGCGUUACUUAACACUAUUAAUACUGAGAGCAGUGUUCACCGGCUAAAUUGGCAUCGGAAUGUCUACGAGCAGGACAUCAUCUCAUGCAUCACACACACCAACGAUUUUAAGAGCUAUGAGUCCGAGGAAGGCGAUGAGAUCAUCUCCUUUGACCGUUCAGCUAUUACAGCAGGCAUUCGACGCAAAUCUGCUGGCAAUUUUAAUUUAAUCAAUGCCCAUAAUCUGGAGGAUGAUGGCGUCUUUUUGUUGGCCGGCACCAACCAAAAUCGAGGAGAGGUGCUGCGAUCAGUGAGUGCUCCCGCUAAAGAAACGUUGAAGCCGCUUACUAACUUUGUGGGCAACAAACAAAUUGUGCGAGACAGUCUUUACGAUGCCAAGCGGAAUCUGCUAGUAACUGGUGGCGAAAGUGGCAUUAUUACCGUCUGGACGCCUGCUGCCAGCAACAACAGCAGCAGUGCGAACCUAAAGAGUAAAUCGAAGGCUGCAAAGGCACACAAGAAAAAUCCAUACUAAAGACAACAUUAUUAAAUAAAGAUUUAUAUGUAUUUACUUUUAAUUUAAAUAAAAAUCAUAUUCCUACAAUUA